AGAUCCCUCCUUUUGCGACCAUUGUUACUCUCUUUCUUUAGUCUCUCCGAUGACAAUCUUGCCGGAAUUCUCGUCGGAGCCGAACACCGGCGACUUCCGUGCUCCUCCACCUUCUCCGAUUGCUUCUGGCCGCCGUUCAUCAGUUACAAACGAAGAGACACUGACCCAAUACCUCGAAAAUUCCCUUCGUGUUCCUGAUCUCACUUUACCCGAUCGGGUCUUUCCCCGACAAAAAUCUACAGGAGAUCCUCCGGUGAUCGACUUUGAAUCAUUUGAUGACAUUUCCUUGUUAGAUUUAUCUGACACUCUUAUCCAGAUAGGAUGUUUUCAGAUAGUAAAUCAUGGAAUCUCGCCGGAGCUUAGACGGUCGGUUUCUGUGGCGGCGGAAGGGAUCUUUGACAUUCCGUCGGAGGGAAAGGAGACAAUGUUGAAGUCGCCGGAAAAGGCUUAUGGGUUCGAAGAGUUCCAUGGAGAAGUAGAGAGAGAAACGAGUACUGAAGAGUUCGUAUGGUGUAAAGAUGAAAUCUUGAAGAUGGAGAUGGUGGGAAUUUGGCCUGUUGGAUAUUCAAAUUUCAGCGAGCAAAUGGAGAAGCUAUCUUCAGCAGUAGAGAAAGUAGGUGCAAAGAUCUUACAAAUGUUGGCUGGGAAAUUAGAAAGGAAUGGGAAGAAGAUAUUUGAAGAUGAUGAACAUGAUGAAUAUGAAGGUGGACCAAUGACAUUGUGUCAUGUUUCAAAGCAUCAUAAUCCAGAUGAUGGUGAAUUAGUAGUAAUGGAUUGUCUGAAAUAUGAUGUGAUCAGAAUGCUAAUAAGAGGAUCAGACAGUGGUCAUGCAUUGGGCAUACACAUUUGUGAUGGAUCUUCAGAAUUCCAUGUCUACUCCAAGAAAGGUUGGUUCUCAUUCUUUCCUAAACGAGACGCACUCAUUAUUACCGUUGGUGAUCUUCUUCAGACAUGGAGUGGGGGACAAUACAAACAUGUGAUGGGAAGGGCAAUAUACAACAAAACACAAGAUCAAGAACAAAGUUGCCAUAUAUCAAUGUCUUUCAUCCUUUAUUCUCGUAAACCAUCAAACAUUGUAUUCAAUACUGACAUGAAAGCAAUACUGUCGCUCAGCCAACAAGCCGCGUUUGCCAUUAUCUUCACUCUUCUUUGUCAUUUCUUGGCUUACAUCGCCAACAAACUCUCAUAGAUCCCUCUACUUGUAAAUCAAUUUACUUUGUUAUAUUUAUCUUGAUUGCUUGCUUUAUAUGAAUACAUAUAUGAGAGGAAGUUAUAUAUGUAAUUGUAUUGAAUCAUGAUUUUGAUAUAGUUGCUAUUGAU